UAUGUUUUUUAGGAUAAGGAAACUGAUACAGAAGAACUAAGGAAACAGCUGGCUGAGAAAGAUGACUUUAUAAAGGAACUGAAACAGCAGGUUAACCAUGAAAGUCUUCCAUCUAUGGCAAAAGUACCUUUACCUGAAGAAGGACAAGAUGAAAUAGAUCAGACUGUAAACAAAGAGGACCAUUCUGAAAUUGUGCUUGACUCAUCUGAAGUGUCUACAGAAAACGGAAAUACUAGUCAGUUCCCAAAACCAGAGAUGAAAAUCCAGUUCACACCUUUGCAGCCCAGUAAGAAGGAGGUGAAGCACCAGGGCAGCACCAUACCAGUUAGAGUUAAAAUGCUCAAGCCAAGAAAGAAAAGAAAAAGUGAAAAGAUGGAUGAGAUGUCUACUAUACAGCUUAGAAAACCAUACCCCUUAAGAAAGCAAGAAUCCACUUCAAGUAAAAAUUCUGCUAAAAAGAAAGAUGGAACGCUACAAAAAAUUAGAGAUUUCUUCCAAAGUUCUCCUACUAUUAUUCAGUCUAAAGCAAAGAAGCUGAUUGCAACAAUAAGCUCUCCUAAUUCUGCAGAACCAGAAAGCCUAAAAGAAAAUAAGCGGAAGCCAAAACGAGCUAAGAGAAAACUGUAUUCAACUGACAUUUCUUGCCCUCUAGAUAUCCCUGCUUCUUCGAUUCUUACAGAACAAAAACAGAAGGAAAGCGAUCAUCUAAUCAUCAAGCGAUGGCUUCGAUCAAAACAAGCUAAAUAAUCUUGCAACAGCAUGUUUCUAUUUCUUUGGUUAGGUCAUAUUUCUAUUGUAUCAUUUCAGUUGAUUGUACAUGGGAAGUAAUCAAUACUUCAUUAUGCUCUGAAGUGUGUAUAUAGAUGUGUAGAAUUGUUCUGAUGUCAUUAAUUUUUUACUUCAUUAAAACUGAAAUGCUGUUCAAAAAA